AGGUGUCUGUUUCGGGGAAGCCGGCUUGUGUUGCCGGCGCCAUGGAGUCGCCUUUUAGUCCGGUUCUUCCUCAUGGACCAGAUGAAGACUGGGAGUCUACAUUGUUUGCUGAACUUGGCUAUUUCACAGACACCGAUGAUGUGCAGUUCGAUGCAGCGCCUGAGACUUACGAAAAUAAUUUUGAUCAUCUUAAUUUUGAUUUGGAUUUGAUGCCUUGGGAGUCAGACAUCUGGAGCCCCAGCAGCCACUUCUGCUCAGACAUUAAGGCAGAGCCCCAGCCCCUUUCUCCGGCUUCCUCCAGUUGUUCCGUCUCCUCACCUCGGUCCACAGACUCUUGUUCUUCAACUCAGCAUGUUCCUGAGGAGUUGGAUUUGCUGUCUAGUUCCCAGUCUCCCCUUUCCUUAUACGGCGACAGCUGUAAUAGCCCCUCCUCAGUAGAGCCGCUGAAGGAAGAGAAGCCUGUCACUUGUCCUGGGAACAGAACGGAACAUGGACUGACUCCAAAGAAAAAAACUCAGAUGAGUUCAAAACCUUCAGUUCAGCCCAAGCCUUUAUUACUUCCAGCAGCACCCAAGACUCAAACAAAUGCCAGUGUUCCGGCAAAAACCAUCAUCAUUCAGACACUACCCGCCCUCAUGCCGCUGGCAAAGCAGCAACAGAUUAUCAGCAUACAGCCUGCACCCACCAAAGGUCAGACGGUUUUGCUCUCUCAGCCUACUGUGGUUCAACUUCAGACCCCCGGAGUUCUGUCGUCUGCUCAGCCAGUUCUUGCUGUCACUGGAGGAGCCACACAGCUACCUAACCAUGUGGUGAAUGUGGUACCAGCCCCUGUGGUGAACAGCGCUGUGAAUGGAAGACUUUCCGUGACUAAGCCUGUUCUACAGAGCGCCACCAGAAGUGUGGGUUCAGAUAUUGCUGUGCUGAGGAGACAGCAGCGUAUGAUAAAGAACAGAGAGUCUGCUUGUCAGUCACGUAAGAAGAAGAAAGAGUAUAUGCUAGGACUGGAGGCCAGGCUGAAGGCUGCGCUCUCAGAGAAUGAGCAGCUCAAGAAGGAGAAUGGCUCCCUGAAGCGACAGCUGGACGAGGUGGUGUCCGAGAACCAGAGGCUCAAAGUCCCAAGUCCAAAGCGAAGAGCUGUCUGUGUGAUGAUAGUAUUAGCAUUUAUAAUGCUGAACUAUGGGCCCAUGAGCAUGCUGGAGCAAGAUUCCAGGAGAAUGAAACCUAGUGUGAGCUCUGCCAGUCAAAGGAGGCAUCUUUUAGAAUUUUCAUCGAAAGAAGUUAAAGACACAUCUGAUGGUGACAACCAGGAAAACAGUUACAGAUAUGAUCACUCUGUGUCCAAUGAUAAAGCCUUAAUGGUGCUAAGUGAAGAACCAUUACUUUACAUCCCUCCGCCUCCAUGCCAACCCCUGAUUAACACGACAGAGUCUCUCAGGUUGAACCAUGAACUCCGAGGUUGGGUUCAUAGACAUGAAGUGGAAAGGACCAAGUCUAGAAGAAUGACAAACAACCAACAGAAAACCCGCAUUCUCCAGGGUGCUCUGGAACAGGGCUCAAAUUCUCAACUGAUGGCUGUCCAGUACACAGAAACCACCAGUAUCAGUAGGAAUUCUGGGAGUGAGCUGCAAGUGUAUUAUGCUUCACCCGGAAGUUACCAAGGCUUCUUCGAAGCCAUCCGCAGGAGGGGAGAUACGUUUUACGUUGUGUCAUUUCGAAGGGAUCACCUGCUAUUACCAGCUACCACCCACAACAAGACCACAAGACCAAAAAUGUCAAUUGUAUUACCAGCAAUAAACAUAAAUGAUAAUGUGAUCAAUGGGCAGGACUAUGAAGUAAUGAUGCAGAUUGACUGUCAAGUGAUGGAUACUAGGAUCCUCCACAUCAAAAGCUCCUCAGUGCCCCCGUAUCUCCGAGAUCAUCAGAGGAACCAAACCAGCACCUUCUUUGGUCCCCCUCCCACCACAGAGACGACCCAUGUGGUCAGCACCGUCCCGGAGGCAGUACAGUAGCGCCCUGAGCUGCGCUGGAGCAGAGUGGGCCUUGGCAACUGGAGGCUGCUGCCUCUACCUCCUCAGCAAGUGGAGAACUGCCUCGUACUGCAACUCCGGGGAAAGAGAAAGAACGAGAAGCCACUCUGCUUUUCACCGUCCAUGCACCCGGGUGGAACAUCUAGAGAGCAGGUCUCUGGUGGCAGUGCAUCCCCCGCAGGCAGUGUCACUGUGUUCCUUCUGCUGUGUCCUCUUCAGUGCUUUUCCCAUUGUGUGUUUCGUUCUCAGUCAUCUUCCUUCAGAUCAGACCCACUUCCUCUUCUGUCCACUGCUCUUCCUGGCACAGUAAAGAGAUUUGUAUUUAAAGCUUUAGAACACAGACUCGUGUGGUUUCCACAGAACGGCUUUCUCUCUCCUUUGAUUCAAAUCCAUUCUGAAUAUCAUACUUGAGAAAACACAUUUCAAAAAACUGAGCAGCCAAAAACAUCCCACAAAGAGUCAAAACAGUUUGGAGUUUGGGUAAAGGGAUUAUUCCCAGUUGGUAGAGUUUAUUUUUACUUGUGAUUUGUGGUUUAGCCCUGGACAAAUAACUGUUGUGGGGUCACAGAGUAAGCCACACACUGGAGACAGGGAGGGGAAGGCCAGUGGUGGAAUGGAAGAGGAGGUGACUCCAUUCUCAUAUGGUUUUAAACUGGGAGUUCACACGCCUCUGUAAGCUCAGGGCCACGGCCACCCCUCACCCUUGGAGUUCUGCUAAUCAGCAAAGAUCCUUAAAGACCUCAGGGCAAGUGCUUUCCUCUCCUGUGAACCCUCAGCCCAGGGCACACUCCUGCUACACCAGACUCAGCCAAGGAACUUGGAGGUAACCAAGCUUAAGCCAGAGCAGAGAAUGUCCCUUAAGGACUGACAGUGCCCAGAGCAAGAGUGGCUCCCCAGAGAGGCUGCAGUGCAGUAUGGUGAAACUCUCUGCUGCUGCAGUGGAAGAUGAUAAAGGAAUUAAGCUCUCCGUGAUGUUGCUAGGGCUGUGACUGCCUUUAAUCCUAGCUCCAUUUGGAAGGGAAGGCAGGCUUUGAUAUCAGCCUGGUCUACACCUCAAAUUCUAGGACAGGACGGCUAAAGCUAUAUAGAGAAGCCACCUCAAAAAUAGAUAAAUGAAUGAAUACAAACGAAAAGCAAAAGUUAUGUUCACAUAAAUGUUAUUGUAUUUUGCCUGUUUCCUUCACCAUAGCAAGCAGCUAAAUUUAUAUUGCACUGUACAUUGUACAUUGCAAAUUCACAGAAAGGGGUGUGAGGACGAGCGUUGUUCCUCAUGUGCCGCCUCCCUUCCUAGGAUUUCACAGGGUUUUGAUGGACUCUUCCCAGAUGGCUUGCCACUGUCAGGUGAUCCCAUUCCAGGGCACAAAAUGGUGGCUAAGUCCUCUUUCUCCCUACAAGGGACAAGAAGGCUAGCCCUGGGGUGGCAUGCAGUCAGGCCAUUUGCCCAUGGCCCCAUUAUGCCUGACACUGCCCCACCAACAACUGUUCCCUGUACAGUGCUGCUGCCUUCCAAGCAAGUUAGAGGCUUCCAGGGCGGGGCCAUUCUUGCUGAAUUCAGUGCCACAGUCCAUCCUGAUUGACUCUGGGGAUUUUCAGACAAGACCUGUUGGCCCUGGGGACCAGACCUCCAAAGGGUGCCAAGGAGAAAAUAGCAAGUGCACAGAAUACCUUUAGGAGUAGCCCUUUGUGGGGAAGGUGGGCUACCCUGUGGUCAUGCCCAUCCUGCCUAUGAAGCAGUUCAACAAGAGGGUGUGCCCCUCAACAACAGGGGCAGCGUGCCCAUUCCUGAUGCCGAUCUGCUGAGAGACACCAACAGUGUCCGUGGUGAUUCCCGUGUGCCAGCGCCUCAGACCAAAGACCUCAGUAACGUCACAUUCGUCACAUUCGCUAAGGCUGAUGCCUCUCCUACAGGUAACAGUGGGGAUGGCGGUUGGAAGGCACCGCCAAAGAGCAGACACAUUAAGGUGGCCCCAGCACAGGUCAGGGAGCCAAGGAGCUGGGGAGCACUGCUCAGAACUAGUCUGGAAGCUUGCUUCUCUGCCCUCACUGGCCCAUCAUAACCUCACUGCCAUCAUGACCACUCUUAGGCCCGUCUUAGGAGAUGAGGGAGGAACGGGGCCCUCCUCAGAGAAAGGUUCCGGAAACCAGGGAAAGGCAGUUGACAGAUACAAAGAAGUAUCCUGCCAUUUAAAUUGCUGAAAGCGCUGUAUUCCCUGGGCACAGUAGUUUGUGUCUUAGCGUCUAUGUGCUAGCACAGGCCUUUGGAGAGGAAAGCAGCUGCUCUGGGAGCAAAUGCAGCAGCCAUUCAGGGCUCAUUUUUUAAUUUUGGUAAGAUUGCCCUUGGGGAUUUAUAGUCUGGAAAUGUAGGAGCUAUGCAUGUACAUAAUAUAUUUUUUCUUUUAAUUUAUUAAGUUUUAAAAUGUGAUUUUUCAAGAUUAUGAAAAAAAUUAAAGUUGAGCUGGAGAAAUGGCUCAGGGUUAACAACACUUAUUGCUCUUCCAGAAGACCCAGGUUCAGUCCCAGCUUACAACCGUCUAUAACUCCAUUGCAGGGGUGGGACUGGGGUGGGGGUCCUUUGUCUUUUUCAGGCCUUCCUCUGCAGGCACCAGACACACAUAUGGUGCACAUACGUGUCUUCAGUCAAAACACUAAUAUAGAUAAAAAUAACAAUAAAGAAAUCUGUGUUUUUUUUUUUUUUUUUUUAAUGAGAUAAAUUCCCAGAAGAAGUCACUCCACCUGUUACUAGAUGAUUUUGUGCCCUGGGCUGAUGGUACUGUAAUGUUGGGAAGUGUUGAUAGAGACUGGCGGUGUGGUCUUCAUGUGUUUGCAAGUCCCCCACUUCUAGAUUCAGUGGGAGUAACUGGAUGUUUCCUCCUGUUAACUGCUGAGUCAGAACUCUGCAGUUAGCUCACAAGACGGCUCCCCGAGAAUAUAAUGUAAACCCGCUUUCAAGUUAGGAGGUGACAAGAAAGGAUACUGGGGAGGUGAGUGUCACCUGCCCAGAGCCGGCCCCCUUUCGCCUUUCUCCUUAGCAACUAGACCCUGGGCUGUGGAGAUGGCUCAGCCGUCGUGGAGAGCUCUGGCUGCGUUUCCAGAGGACUCAGGUUCCAUUCCCAGCACCCACAGCACAGCUCACAACUGCUAACCAGUUCCAGGAGAUUCAGCGCCCUCUUCCGGCCUCCUUUGGCACUGCACACACAUGGCAUUCACUGACACAGAUAGGCACACAUAAAUAAUACUAGUAAAAAUAUUAAUAAUGAGGCAGACAAGGAGGUACUCAAAAGUUACAUUAUGUGCAUCAUUCCUGAAUUUUCCCAAUAACUUAUUUAUGAACAGAGGGAACUGACUUUUCUCUCAUUUGUUUAAAGAGACUAUCGUGGUUCAAUCUUGUUGGCCCGAAUCUCCAUCCUGGGCAAAUACUCCCCAGUAGUUAGAGCUGCCCAAUGCUGCUAUUCACGGCUGCCACGACUAGAGCAUUUAACCCAGGACAACUCCCACAGUGCACUGUGGGACUGUAAGACGGUAUUACAGCAGGACUGUAAGACUGGGAAUUUAUCUAAUUAAAAAAACCAAUCUUGCUGUUUUACUAUGAAACUUGACAGAAAUGUACCACAGCGACAGAACUAGGAAUCAUGUUUGACUUCCUCCCACAUCAAACCCUCCAGUCAGGCUUCUGCUUUAAUGGCCCAUUAGGAACUCUUACACUUCCUUAACCUAGAGAGCCAGCCUUCCUAUCCAGAAUGGCUCCACAUCCUGAACUCAUGGAAGUGCCUCCCUCACCCCGACCCCCGACCCCCGACCCACCCCACCCCUGCGAUAGCCUUCUUUCCACCUCAACCUGGGCGAAUCCUUCAGCAGGUACAUAGACCUCAACUUCCACGUGUGACCUGUAGCUCCAUCAUAGGAAUCAACCUCCCAAGCGCCGCACAGUCCCAGCCUUGAGAUUAGCUUACUGCCGUCUACAAACCCAUGUUCCUUACCCACCUGUCCUUUCUUCAGUUGUGGGCAUUUUAAUUUACAUAAGUAAUGUUUUUUGUUUUGUUUUGUUUUUGCUGCUAAUAUGAACAGUAGUUAUAUUUUUAACCAAAAGAAAAAAAGUAAGGCCUAGAAGGAAGAUAAUGGAUGGAAGACAUUGUCAUUCCCACCCUGAUAGCAGCUGGAAAAAGACAUUUCCUCCCCAGUCCCCACUAUAGGAAUUGUGGGUGAUUUUUAAGUAACUACUGGACUGCCUAGGAAGAUAUUCCCAGAGUCCAAGAGGAACUAUGCACAUAGAGAAAAUACAGUUUCCUCCUGCCUAAGGAAACUCUAUUAGUAUUCUAUUAGCUUAUAUUUUUAAUAACUAAGCUUAAAACAUAGUUUAUUUUGGAUAUUACUAGAACUUGUAGCAAUUCUAAUAUCUGUCAGGUAUUCAUAGAAUCUAUGAAAAAAAAAAGAUAAGGCUGUGUGAUUAGGGCAACUUCUGAAUCAUGGCAUGGCCAGCCAGUGUCACAAAACAACCCUGUGCUUGGCUAACUUUAAGCAUUACAGAUUUAGUGCAUGAAAAGACUUAAUUAUAUCGGGUUCAAGAACUAAAGAGUCAAUAAGUCAUCUGUGAAGGUCAACGAAUACCACACUGGUGUGCUUUUUGUCCUCAGUCAAGCUGGUGGCUAUAGUUAAAUGAAGCAGGAAGUGUGGCAUAUUCCCCAGGACGCUAAUCCCAGACCGAAUCAGCAGGCUGGAUUCACAGCAGUUGAACUAUUAUAGUUCAUUAUCACCUGUGCUUUCUGGGCAGUUGCCAGGAUGCAGGGCAUGAUGAAAGCUACAAAGCACUGCUAGUCUUUGAGACUCUAGGUUGGUUUGUUUGUUUGUUUUCACAUUGUGGUAAUGAGGUUCAGUGAAGCCAGUGGCUUAGAUGAGCAUAAAUCAAUGCUCUUUUAAGAGUGGGUGGGAGAUGGACAGGGUAUGUGGCUUGCUUAGGACGCCUGAAGCCAUUGCUUCCUUCACCACAUAAACCAGGAUGCUGGGGCGUGCGUAGAAUCCUAGCACUUGGAAGUCGGAAGUGGGAGGAUCCGGUGUUAAGGGUCAACCUGGGAAACAUGGGACCCAGUCUUAACUGUGAGCAGAAGAAAUCAGGAAAAAUGUAUUGUUCUCUCCCUGAAUAAUUAUGUCCACUUACAAUAAAUAAUGGCAACAAACUAUUUCAUAUUUUCAAAUAAGUCUUUAUAAUGCAAUACCUGUUCUUUCUCUGAAAUCCAAAUAAAGACUUUUAAAACUUU